CACUCAAGGCAGAUUGUAACACAGAACGUACUUCACUUACUCCCAAGAUGAGUGAUGAGGAGAUUACUUACACAACUGUGAGAUUCCAUAAGUCUUCAGAGUUGCAGAAUCGAGGAAGGGCUGAUGAGACUCAAGGGUCUGGAGAAGCUGGUCACAAAGAGUGUUCAGUUCCGUGGCACCUCAUUGCAAUACCUCUGGGAGUCCUUUGUUCCAUUCUGCUGGUGACAGUUGCAGUGUUGGUGACACACAUUUUUCAGUAUAGUCAAGAAAAACAUGAAUUGCAGAGAUCUCUGAAUAAUCUUCAUCAAGAGAAGAGCACCAUGCAAAAUGACAGCUACUUAAAGAAAGAAAUGUUUCAAAAUAAAUCUAUAGAGUGUGAUGGCCUCAAAGACCGUCUGUCCUCCCUCAACAGAACACUGAACAGAUGCUACCAGGAAACUAAAGUUGUUUUAGAUUACAAACAGCACAGAGGCACAAGUGUUGAAGGACACUGGUUCUGCUAUGGCAUAAAAUGUUAUUAUUUCAUCAUGGACAAUAAACGCUGGAGUGGAUGUAAACAGACCUGCCAUGACCACAGCUUAUCCCUUUUGAAGAUAGAGGAUGAAAAUGAACUGAAGUUCCUUCAGCUCCAAAUGAAUACAAACAAUUAUUGGAUUGGAUUAAAAUACGAUGAAAGCAAAGGGAAAUGGCUAUGGAUUGGUGACAGCCCAUUUAAACUUUUCAAUGAAUAUUCAAAAUUAAACAAUUGCCCAUUGUUUUUGUUCCUUAGUGAGUUGAACAUAACAGGUUCCAAUCCUAAGACUGGAAAAUGUGCAUUUUUAUCUAGAACAAGACUAGAUAAUGAUAACUGUUUUAAAUUCUACUCCUGUAUAUGUGAGAAGAGACUGAAUAAAUUCCCUGAUUAACUCUCCAGCAAGAGGUAAAGGUAAAAUGGAAUGUGCUGAUCUUCAUUUGUUUCCUGUAAUAAUUUGUGACUUCUUAUGAACAAGUGUUGUGAUCAUAGGACUUAGACCUCUGUGCAAACAGAGAGACAAGCUGAAAGAGGUUGAGAAUGUUCUCCAGAAUCUGACUUGACAGAGAAGAGGCCAUCUUUCUUCCUGGAGGAGCAUGUCUUCUCUGGUGCAUGGACAC